CUUGCUUAGAAAUCGCUUGACUGAGCUCAGAGUAGCUGUCUCCGGGUUCUAGCUGCUUCGUACUUCGAUUUGUUUGCUUAAGUUCUCCGUGUGUUAAUAUCAGUCUUGGCUGUCUACGUCUGGUGAAGAACAGAUUAUUUAUUGGUGACUAUCCUAGGGAAGGAGAUGUCCCAGGAAAUGCCUCAGACCAUGAGCCAAAUCACCAAUACUUCUUGUGCUUUGCAUGGAAAAAGCAACAACGCCCAGUUGGGCAGUUCCUGUGAGUGUGACUUGAAAAGAAAGGCAGGCUACUGUCAAGAAAAAAAAUUUAUUGCUCAGCCAAUAUUUGUUUUUGAAGACAGAAAUCAGGCUUUUAAGAGGCCAGCUGAAGACACUGUUGACAAAGUAGAACAUGGAUUCUCUGGCUUUUCAAGAAAGCGUGUCCGAUCUUCGUCUUUCACUUUCCACACGGCAGAUGCCAUGCAAGAAUCAACACCCUCCCAAAAACGAAUGAGAUCAUCUUCCUUCACUGUCCUUCCUACAUUUCCCCCUUCCCAGCCAGUUAAGAAAAAUAAUGUUUUCAUGACUACAACUGCUUUACAAUGGAAUGUUGACUUCAAAAGGACAGAAAAAGGCCCUUGGGAGCCUAGUCAACAAUAUCCCAUUCUAAGACCUGCCAUUUUGCCACCACCUCAGUCUCAGAGAUGUGCAGAAUGGAAUGCGUUUGGGCAUCCCAAGGUUGUGCAAUUUUACAAGACUAAUGAAAAAGCAAAAAGUGAGUUUUCUGAAGAGAAUUCUCACAUGGCAAGUGAGAAUUCAACAAGUACUCAACCCUUAGUCAAAUCAUCUACUGGCUCAACUCUUUUAAGUCCUACCCCAAUAAAACGUCAACCAAAUGAAGACAGACAUUCUUUACAAAGCCAUAGUUCUGAUUUCAUUUUUGGAGAAAACAUGAAUGAGAGAGUUUUGAGUCCACAAAAAUCCAUUGAGCUUCACCAAGAAAAGGAUAUGUAUAAUAAGGAAAAGCCAUUCUCUUCUACUCUAUCAUUUUCCCUCCACUUUUCAUGUACAAACUUUUGUAAAAACACAACUCUGAAAGAAUCAGCAGCUGCAUUCUUCCCCAAGCCAUCACCAAAAUGUAUACUGGAGAAAAUUGAAGUUAUAACAGGAGAAGAAGAAGAACAUAAUGUGUUAAAGAUCAACUGUAAACUCUUUAUAUUUAAAAAAAUAACACAAUCUUGGACUGAAAAAGGCAGAGGAAUGUUGAGACUUAAUGACACAGCAAACAAUAACUCUGGGAUGCUACAGUCAAGGCUGAUUAUGCGAAAUCAAGGCAAUCUAAGGCUGAUUCUCAACAGCAAACUCUGGGCACAAAUGGAGAUACAAAGAGCAAGCCACAAAAAUCUACGCAUCACUGCCACAGAUUUAGAUGAUUGCUCCAUCAAAAUAUUUUUAAUUCAGGCAAGUGCCAAAGAUAUUGGAUGCCUUUAUGCAGCAAUACAUCAUCGUCUUGUUGCACUAAGAACAUUUUAUAAGCAGGAAUUAGAUGUAAAUGAAAUUGAAACUGAGUCAGAAACAGUCAUCCAAUUAUUAAGCUGUGAUAGUUGUGAUGAAGAUGAUGAUAUGCUUAAAAUCACCACAGAUCGGUCAAAUACUUCUAGAUGGAACCACAGAUCACCAGUUGCCUGCUCAUGAUAGCCACCUAUGGUCCUGAUUACAGCUACAGAAAAACCAUUGAAAAUCCUCGACCAUUUCAAUGUACCUUCAAGUGAAAAAACAUAUAUUCAUUGAAAGGUUUUUUAAAAAUUGGUUUUCAAGAAGAUUAGAAUUUGGUCUGCUUAAUACAUUCCAACUUGUGGAUUGUAAUAAUAAUAAUAUUCCUACUACUUUAUAAUAGUAAUCUGAAUCUGAAGAAAAAUUACCAGAAUUUAUGAAAGCUUCAAACACAUCAUUUUCAGAGACAUUAUUUCAGAAUAUAACUAAUCAGUAUUAUUCAUCAUAUUGAUGGAUAGAAUAAUUAAAACUAUAAAUUAUUAGAGCUAAUAAAUGUCUAACUCAAAUAUUUUUCUCCAUUAUGUAUUAUCUCUCCAUAAUAUAUAUGUAUAUAUUAUAUACACCUCAAUAUAUAUAUAUUUCAUAUAUAUGUAUAUUUCAUAUACUUUAAGAAUUGUUCUUUUGAAAAAUACUAUUGUAAGUAUGAUCUAAGUCAUUAAACAAUUUUUACCCUUGGCAAAAAUGUUCUAUAUUUUCCACUUGGCUAUAUGACUUAAUAAAAUUUCAAAUGUGUAUGUUUAUAGUAACAAUGAGCUUUUUAAACAAAAAUAUUU